GUUCUCGUCCCCUCAUUCUCUCUGGGUUGUAGGCAUGGGGUCUCUUACUUGCUUGCUUUUUCUGGUACUGUCUCUAGUUCUUCUCGUUCAUGCGGCAGACCUCUACAAAGUCUUAGAGCUCUCCAAAUCUGCCUCGGAGCAGGAUAUUCGCAAGGCGUACAAGAAGCUCAGUCGAAAAUAUCAUCCGGACAAGAACAAGGAACCUGGCGCGGAAGAGAAGUUCGUGGAGAUCGCUCAUGCCUAUGAGGUCUUGUCCGACUCUACCAAACGGCAAAUCUACGAUCGCCAUGGCGAGGAAGGUCUCAAGGCGCACGAAGGCGGACAUCAGCACCACGCGAACCCCUUCGAUAUGUUCCAGAGUUUCUUCGGAGGGGGCGGAUAUGGCGGACAUCAAGUGCGCAAGGGCCCCACCUCCACAAGCGAGUUUGAAAUCUCACUUGCGGACAUCUACACUGGCGCGAGCAUCGACUUCAUGGUCAAGAAGCGCAUCCUGUGUGACCACUGUCGUGGUACCGGCGCCGCCUCUUCGAGCGACAUUCACGAAUGUAAGGCCUGUAACGGCCAAGGUGUCCGCAUUGUUCGCCAGCAGAUCAUGCCCGGUAUGAUCACGCAGUCUCAAGUUACGUGCAACGAGUGCGGUGGGCGCGGUCGUGUGAUUGGCAAGAAAUGCCCUCACUGUAAUGGGAACAAAGUGAUGGACCACACGCAACACUAUACUCUGGAGGUUCCGAAGGGCGCGCCGGAGGGCCAUGAGGUCGUGUUUGAAGGCGAGGCGGACGAGAGUCCGGACUGGGAGCCCGGAGAUGUUGUCAUCAGGAUCAGGAGCAAGAAGGAGCGUGGUGGAUGGCGGAGGAAGGAGAGCGGGUUGUACUGGAAAGAGACCAUAUCCAUAGAAGAAGCCCUGCUGGGUUUCGAGCGCAACCUAACACACUUAGACGGGCACAUCAUAGAAUUGCAGCGUCAUGGUGUAACGCAGCCAGGCUACGUACAGACUAUUAAGGGAGAAGGCAUGCCCAUCUUCGACACGCCAUCGGAACACGGCGACUUGUAUGUCGAGUACAACGUCGUUCUCCCUACAGAGAUUUCGCCAGAAACUAAGAAGCGGCUACAUGCUGCGUUCCACCCCGAAGCAACCGGGAGCCAUCCAACGGACGAGUUAUAGACUUAUUGGGUUGUAAAGUAUAUUU